UUUACGGGUUCCAAUCAUCCCAAUUCCAACAUUUAUACCUCCUCGUACUCGUUGUCGUUUCUCUUUGACGAAAGUAACAUGUUCUAAUGUAAUGUUUUUCACCUUCAUCUUCAUCCUUUGAUUCCAUUUUCUCAAAAAAAUUCUCCACAAAAAACCCUUCAAUUUCCAUCCUCUGUUCUAUAUGGGAAGAACUGGAUUAUUUGAUCUUGAAAAGCACUUCGCUUUCUAUGGAUCAUAUCACAGAAACCCAAUUAACAUAGCAAUUCAUGUUUUAUUCGUUUGGCCAAUUUUCUUCACAGCCCUUGUUUUUCUCUACUUCACCCCUCCCUUUUUCGACCUUCCCAAUUUUGAGUUUUUACUAUUUGGAUGCAAUUUUGUAUUGGUUUGGAAUAUUGGGUUCUUGGUUACUUUGGUGUACUCUGUUUUUUAUGCUAGUUUGGAUCUGAAAGCUGGUUCUUUGGCUGCUUUCUGUUGUGUUGUUUGUUGGGUUGGUAGUUGUUUUGUUGCUCAUCAACUUGGAUGGUCUCUUGCUUGGAAGAUUGUUCUGGUGACUCAGCUAGUAUGUUGGAUAGGACAGUUCAUUGGUCAUGGAGUAUUUGAGAAACGAGCACCUGCUCUUUUGGAUAACCUCACCCAGGCCUUAGUAAUGGCUCCUUUCUUUGUAUUGUUGGAGGCUCUCCAGACUGUAUUUGGCUAUGAACCAUAUCCAGGAUUUCAUUCAAUUGUGCAAGCAAAAGUUGAAGCUAAUAUUGAGGAAUGGCAAGAAAGUAAGCAGAGACUAAUUUCAUAGCUUCUGCUUGGAUAUGUGUAUAUUUAAUGGUUUGAUGUUAAACAAUCUUUCCAUCAACACAGGAAUAAUAAAAAGUUACAGAUGAUCUUGUAUAUAUUACAAUGGUAUAUAUGCUUUUCAGGAUAAUUCCUCAAUUGUUUUCAUAUAAAUUAUAUUUAUACCAUGGAUUGUUUUCAUAUAAAUUAUAUUUA